AUGCGACUGUAGAGGUCAGGUGCUCGUGUAGAGCAUUGGAGUUGUAUCUUAAGUAGGGUAGCACUGGGUCUAUGAAUACCAUUUCAUGAAAGUAAUUUCGCAAUCUAUUGAGAUUCCAUCUAGGUUUUUCCUAAUCUGCACUGUCGUGCACCAUUGGGAGGAAUCGCUCGGGCUAGGUCAGCCGGUACAGCAAGUCCAUGACGACGAGACACAUCGCGCCGCUGAAGAUUGUGUGAGGCACCAUCUCCCUGCAGACGAGGCUGAUGAGCUGCUCAAGGGACGCUACCAGACCAUCAAUGUGUGGAGAGCCAUCUCGCACCCUGCAACAAACUUCCCGCUACAGGAUUGUCUCGCAGAUUUUGCUAGCUAUAAAUCUCCCAGAGAGUUGCACCAGUAAAAGGUGCCAUUAAAAGCGCAAUAACGCGGAAACAGUUCCACCCUCUUCUCUCAGCGGAGGGGCAUGGAUCGCACAGCGCCGCAAUAUUCUCAAGCCAUCCGAACAUCAGCGACAACUCAGAACGACAUUCAGGAAGUCGGGGGCUUUGACGGCAUAACCUCAAUGCUAGAAACAUGGUACCAAGAUGCGCCCACCGUAUCAAAUUCCCUCUUGGUC